AUGAAGCUCGCCGGAAGUCUCAGUUCCAAAUUCCUCUCUCUCAGCCCCAAACGUCUCUUCCGCUCCAAAUCCAAAGCUUCAGUCUCCAGAUCUGAGCCUUCUUCCUUCAGCUCCGGCGCUUCUUCCUCUUCCUCCGAAAUAUCGUACGGCAAUCUCAAGCCAGGUCCCGCCACGACUCCGAUCAGUGUUCUCUCCGGAGAUCGCGAUUUCUACUCCGAGCUUAUUCAGGCGUUUAAGCUGAUCGAUCGAGACGACGACGGCGUUGUCUCCAGGGGAGAUCUAGAGGCGUUGCUAAGCAGGCUGAGUCCUGAGCCGCCGAGUCAGGAAGAGGUGAGUCUGAUGAUCAGAGAAGUCGACGGAGGAAGCGACGGCGGAUGUAUAAGCCUCGAGGAGCUAGCGAGCCGAGUCGCGGGAACCUCCGGGGAGGGUUCGUCGGUGGAGACGGAAGAGAUGAGAGAGGUGUUUAAGUUUUUCGAUGCGGAUCGCGACGGGAGGAUAUCGGCGGAGGAGCUGCACAGGGUUUUUGGAGCGAUCGGAGACGAGCGGUGCACGGUGGAAGAGUGUCGGCGGAUGAUAGCGACGGUUGAUAGGAACGGAGACGGUUUUGUUUGUUUCGAAGACUUUUCACGCAUGAUGGAGCUUCAAGCUCCAGCGAUGGAUGAAUCAUCAUCAUUGAUUCAUGUUUGA